AUGAAUUCCGUACACAAUUAUAAUGAGUAUUUGUAUAACAACAAUGAGACGGAUAAUGCAAAUAUUUCUAGAGAUAAUAAUAAUAAUAUAAGUUGUAAUAAUAACACUAAUUAUUUCGAUACACGUGAAAAAAGAAACGAAUCUUUAAAUAAUACGAAUGAUAAUUCUCUUUAUAGAAGCAAGGUAAGUUUAAAAUCUGAAGACAAUAGAUACGUGCAGAACAACUUUCAAGUUAAUUAUGAUAUUAUGGAUGGUCGAGAUAGAAUAGAAGAUGUAAAUAAUAGUAGUAAAAAUUAUACCGACAUUAUUAUAUGUAAUAAACGUAAUACAAAUAAUGACAUUAUUAUGAAUAAUAUGAAUAAUGUGAAUAAUAUGAAUAAUGUGAAUAAUAUGAAUAAUAUAAAUAAUAAUUAUAAGAAUAUCCUAGGUAAUAAUAACAAUAAUAAUAACAGCUUGAAUUGUUGUCAUGUUAUUAAUGUCGGAAGUAAUAACCCGUAUGAUAAUAACACCGAAAUAAAUAAUAAUAAAAAUAAUAAUUCACUCAUUUUAUACAAGCCCAUAGAUAUGAGUCUUAUUUACAAAACAUAUGAUAAGAACGGUAUGAUAUAUUGUAAAAGAAUAAAAUUUUAUUUAAAAAACGAAAGAGAACAUGAUUAUACAGAUUUUUUAAUUAUAAAAAUUAAUAGUUUAAAAGGUCCUGGUGGAAAACCUUAUAUGAGAUUAGAACUCUCUGAUGAUAAGAAAGAAUUUUUUUUUUAUUAUCUUGAUUUAUAUGAAGAGAAUUAUGAGAAGAUAAAGAAGGAACAGAAGCUAGUUAUAAAUUUUAACUUAUUUCCGUUUAAAUUUAUUGAUUUAUUAGAAGAAUGUAUUUUAGAAAAUGAUAAUUAUGAACACAUGGACGAUCAACGACUGAAUGCGGUUUUGAUUUUUACAGACGGUAGUUUAAGGGAUAACAACGGUAAUAAUAAUAAUAAUAUGAAUAAUAUGAAUAAUAUGAAUAAUAUGAAUAAUAAUAAUAAUAUUAAUAAUAAUAAUAAUAAUAAUAAUAAUAAUAAUAAUAAUAAUAAUAAUGGUAAUGCUUAUAAUUUAAGCGAGGAUUAUAGUGCGACAGGAAACCAGAACAGAAAUAAUUUUGAAACACAUAAAAAUUUAGAUUAUCAUAAUUCAUAUUAUUAUAACGAUAAAAGAUUCUUAUGUAAUAAAGGAAAUGUAUGUGAUGGGAGUGCCAUUCUUAACCUUGUAGAAAUUAAUCAAUUUAAAGAAUUAACUCAUUUAUCUUUAAUUCUUAAAAAAGGUGAUAAUACAAAUGUAAUUACACAUCUUUGUAAUAAUAUUACAUAUGUUAAAGAAUAUAAUAAGGAAAUUAUAAACAAAUUAAAUGAUGAACUUGUUAAAAAUAAUAAAAGUAAUAUAGAUAUAAAGAAUUUUCAAAAAACAAUAGAACAAUUAGAAAAUAAGAUGAAUAUUUUAAAAACUAAUUUUAAUAAUACAUUAAAUAAUGAUAUUAACAAUUUAAAAGAAGCUCAUCAGAAAUUAAUUAUAGAAAAAGAAGAAAGAUAUAAUUUAGAAAAUGAUGAAUUGAAAAAAAUUGUAGACAAUUUUAAAAAUAAAUGUAAUGAAUUACAUGAAAUGAAUGAAACACAAGAAACUACAAUUUUCCAUCUUAAUAAUAAAAUAAAAAAUUUAAAAAAUGAAUUAGAAGAAAAAAAUUUUAAUUUAUUAAAAAUUAUAAAAGAAAAAGAAUCUAUAACAUCUGAAAAAGAAAAACUUGAAAAAUAUAAAAAUACAUUUACUCUUGAAUUUAAUGAUUUAAAAAAUAAAUAUGAAAAGGCAUGUGAAAGUAAUUUGUCAAAUAAUUCAAGUUUUGAAAGUAUCAAAUUAUCAAACACAAAUUUAGAAACAGAAUUAAAAAAAUAUAAAGAAAGAAAUUUUAAACUAGAAAAUGAAAUUAAUAUAGCUAUAGAUGAAAUUAAUAAAGGUAAUGAUAUUAUUACAAAAUUACAAACACAACUAAAAAAAAUGAAAGAGAAAUUAAAAAGUAAAACAUUAGAACAUGAUAACUUGGAAAAAAUUAAUUCACAAAAUGAAAAACAAAUUACCCAUUUAAAUAAUGAACUCAAAAGUUUUAAGGAUACAAUAGACCAGCAAAAUGUUGCACAAGAUAAUUUAAAAAAAGAAAAUGACAUGUUGAAAAAAAAAUAUGACGAGUUGCUUAAGGAGUUGAACAUAUCACGCGAGGUAAAUUUGAGGCUUAAUAAAGAAAUAACAAACAACAACCUCGAUAUAUAUAACACAAAAUUAAAUCCUAUGGUACCCACACCAAACGUUUCAUCAGGUGUCAAUUUUCGUGUCGAUACAAAUCUUCUUGAUAAGGAUUUGUUUAGCAAAUUAAAAGCCAACUUAAAAAAUUCGUCCAUCCCGAAUAACGUUCCGGGGUACACAUUGGAUAGUAAUAUGAACCAGAUGAAUUUAAUGAACGGAAAGAUUGAUACUUUAGAUAUUAACGAUCGAUAUAACAAACCUGUGAAAUUCAUUCCUCCAGGAAUUUAA